AUGACAAAAAGACUUCUGGUAAAAAGAAAACGAACUGAAAAACCUAAUUUUAGGUUAUUCUCGUUUGAAUAUUAUUUUGAGAAACAUAACGAAAAAGUUCGUGUGUGCAAGGCGUUCUUUUUGGCCACUUUGUGUAUCAGUCAGAAGCCGGUUUAUAACGUACAUACGAAGAAAAGUGAUUCAGGAACAGCUCAGUCUAUUCAAAGAGGUAAAAAUAUAACAUAUAAAAUUUCAAAAGAAGCCAAGAAUCGAAUACAGCAGCAUAUUGAAUCUUUCCCCUAUGUUGAAGCCUAUUAUUGUCGGGAGAACUACCUUGAACCAUCCCUUAACGUUCAAAAAAUGGACAAAGCAAAACAAAAGCGAAGACGCGGUAGAGUGAAAAUCAAAGAAAAAGAGUUCAAAGAAGAACUGCCCGAGGAAAUCAAAGUGAAGGUGGAAAUCGAAGAAGAAGAGUUCAAAGAAGAAUUACCUGAAGAAACCAGAGUGAAGGAGGAAAUCGAAGAAGAGGAAGAAGACGAGUACAAAGAAGAACCACCCGAAGAAGCCGUCCUUAAAUUUGCUUGCGAAUUGUGCGACGAGAAGAUCUUGUCCAGCUUGGACUUCGCCCUGCAUUCAGUCAAACAUUCCCAGGACCAAAAACACCAUUGCCACCACUGCGAUGGCAGAAGCUACAAAAGAGUAAACGCAAUCCACCAUCACAUGAGAUGGGUCCAUGGAGGUAUGGGCAAAUAUAUGCCGUGUGAGGUUUGCAAGACGAUAUUUCCAGAGUGGAUCCAGGCUCUGGAACAUAAAAACUUUGAUUCUGGAGAGAUGCCGUAUCAUUGUGAAGAGUGUGACAAAUAUUUUAUGUUCUCCUGGUUGCUGCGUACCCAUUACAGACUGUUCCAUCCCAAGUCCAAGGUCCCGGCAGCUUUACCGAGAUAUUACGGCAUUUAG